CAAUAGUCAACACAGCUACGCCUCCUAGACUAUUCGCUCUUAGAAACCUUGCGCUCGUAGUCAUAAUUGUUACGUAACACCUGGGCAGUUAUUUGUAUAGUGUGGUUUUACAUAAACGGAGAAUAUUUUUGCUUCUGUCAGAUUGGCAAGUUCUGUAGCGAUAUUCCUCCAUCUGGCGUGGAAGAGUGUCUCAAAUUGCAUUUAGGAUCAAUUGCAUCACAGCGUUGUCGCGUGGAGAUAGAUCGUCAGAUGAAAGAGGGUCGCACAGACAUACAAUCCGACCCGUUGUUAUACAGGGCAUGCGCAGUGGAAGUCAAGCGUCACUGUUCCGAUAUACCAUUUGGUCGAGGAAAAGUAUUGAAGUGUCUCCUGGACGCCCACGACUCCAAUCCAGCUCGUUUUGAUAGAGAAUGUCUGCUACAUUUGUCGAGCAGAAUGAGGAUGUGGGAACUAGCAGCAAAGGUUGUGCCUCCUGAAACUAUCGGCGAACUCUUUGAAGACUCCUCUUCAUCACCGUCCAAGUCAGAGAUAUACAUCGACAAUUUCGCCGUGGUUAUCAUUACUUGCUUGGUGUUGGUUUGUGCUUGGUGGGCCUACAAAGUGAAACACAACAGAGGCCAAGGGUCGGUGAAUACCGUUCAUCAUGGACACGUUGAUCUGAAGUACGCCCCAUUAAUAAAUGAAGAUGACGAUGUGUUGAACUUGAAGUUGUGAGAGAGACGAUACAUUUUGGUGUCAAACUGAAAACCACCAUCGACUUUCCAGCCUUGUGAUUGGCUGCUGUUACAUAGCAUGUGGUAAAAUAAGUUAAGUACAUGGGUAGAUUAUAAACCGUCAUCUAGCUGUUGAAAAUUCUCAGUGUUUUUUCCCUUUACAAAAACAAUCAAUUCUUUGAAAAACGAACGAUAUCAAAGUGAUUUGGUACGAGUUUGAAGUAGCAUUGUUACCGAACACGAUGAGGGCAAACGUUUUUUUUAGGCCGCCCCUGUAAUCUCUGCUUGGCCUGCUCACGAGUUGCUUGAACUUUUCCAUGGUGUUGCGAAAUUUUGCUCCUUUAGAAAAGUUGUACAAACCUUUGUUUUUUUUUGGAGAAACGUUGUCAGAUGGUUGGCAGCAUCUUCCAAUAGUUGCUCUAGAAUUUGCUCAAGGUUGCCAAAAACUAACUCGUUCUUGUAAAGUCGUUGAGUUACACUGGUUUCGAAAUCUCCUUUGCAGUUUCUUUUUAGCAUGAUAGCAAUUGGCCAAAGCCAAGCUGUAGACAAGAAUAGUUUGCAAAGAAACCUUUUUUCCUUCGCCCUUUUUAUGAAUCAAACGUUUCAACUUUCCGUAGCCGGGGUUAUCUGCUCCUUCGUCUCCCUCUUUUACGAUCAGCUAAAGACAUCAGUCAAUUUUCAUUUUAACUUAAAAGUUCUGAGAAUAUUAAAGCGGUUCUGAACCUCUGUUAGGUAGUAGUUUAAUAACAAGACGGUUUCCAGUGACUCUAGUAUUUGUUUGCCAAAGCUUUCGAUUGGGUCCUGUGAUCAAUCGGAGCACAGGUUCUGUCUCUGCGACCAGUCAGAAGCCGGGUUAUCCAUUUCCCAAACUUGUUACGGAAUGCUCCCCUGUGUUCAAGUGUCAGAGUUUUGAUUCGUUUGUUUUCAAUGUUGCCAACUUGAGGUCACGACACUGAUUUGAAACCGUCUUAUAAUAACACCAUAUGAUUUACAGCAACGACAUUGUCAGGUUUUCACAUGAUAGCAAGGUAGCCUUUUCAGCUAUUACCAUGUAUGUUCAAGCUUGCAGAAGGUAGCUGAGAAGGGCUGAAGGUCUGUAAGAAAGCGUUUACAUAACAAACGAAUUAAUCUUCCACACUGACAGGAUUGGUUUGGUACACCAACAUGGCUGCUGUUGCGUCAUGUGAAAACACUCUACCAUCAGUGUUGUAAUUCGUUUCUGUGCUUCGCAGCAUAUACUUAGCUGUAACAGUUACUAUCAAUUAAUUACACGCUGAGAAAGCCUACUCUAUAUAAUGGAAACAGUUUCCCUUAGGCCUCCUCGCCAUUACUAUUGUAUAACGUUUUAAACUUUCUAUCCUUGCCAAUAUUUGUAACUUUUUGUGCCAAGUAAAUACAAUUACAGAAUUAAUGUACACUAGGUCAAACAUUUGCUGCAAGCGUUUUUAUAGUUCACGAAAUGUGACUUUGUACUUGACAGCAGUAUAACGAAUACUACUAAGUACAUUAAGACAACACCUUAAUAGAUCAUUUUAGUAUAUAAAAAAAUCAAUUUGUAAGUAAUUUAAAGCUAUUAUUUAAAGUUGGUAUUUAAAAAAAAACAGUACCGUAAUGUAAUAUUGUAAGUGAUAUUACUGUAAGUAAUAUUUUUGUAAGUAGAUUAAAGCAAAUACUAUGUUGUAA